UCAUCACUCUCGCAACACUCUUACUUGUUGCAAUAUGUCGGCAGGGAGCAACCCGAUAGGUUCCAAUAGUCAAGUCGACUAAAUCUUCGCACACAUCCGCGAAAUGAAUCCUGCAGAGAUAAUCUCCGACCCCCAAUCUCAAGCCGGUUUCACAUUCUAGGGAUAAUGACACAACAUGUGGCCCGGCAGGGGAUACGCAGGUCUCAGAUCACCUGGGUCCAUCAUGGCACCUCAUCUCCAUGUAGAUCAUGCAAGGGCCUCGGUAGAUCCUGUUCCUGUCGCGGAUGGCUUACGCAAGAGGCUCACUGGAAUGUGUCUGCAUAAACUGGGCAGGGCCACGCUCCAUGGUAUAAAAAGGGCUUUUCACAUGCAGAAAUGCCCUUGACAUGACAAUGAUAUCGACAGAAUCCCCUCAGCAUGGACGACAAAAUCAGCCAGGCCAUUCACGAAGAGAAAAAUGAUCUCCCCAACAACCAGAUCGUCAUCAUCGACUUCGAUCCUCAUGAACACCCGCACCAAUGGCCCAACUACCGAAAAUACACUAUCCUCCUGACCGUCACCCUGCCGAUUUUCCUCAUGCCGUUGACAUCUACAAUUAUUGCUCCCGCUGUAGACGCCAUCGAAGCGGAUUUCCAUGUCACCUCGACGGUUGAAGGCCCACUGACGGUGUCAUUGUUUCUGCUCACCUACUGCCUAGGCCCAUUGCUGCUAGGUCCUCUGAGCGAGCUGCUCGGUCGCGUACCCAUCCUAUUUGCAGGGAAUCUCUUCUUCCUGGCCUUCAAUCUGGCAUGUGGCUUUUCAAAAAGCAUCACGCAGCUGCUAGUAUUCCGCUUACUGAGCGGAUUAGGCGCGAGUGCCUCACUAGCUACCGGCGCCAGCACCAUCGGCGACGUCUUUCCUAAGGAAGAGCGUGGCCUAGGCCUCGCACUCCUCAACAUGGGUCCAGUCCUCGGUUCCUGUCUCGGUCCCAUCGCUGGCGGAUACAUAACAGAUUACUCAACCUGGCGGUGGGCGUUCCAUGCAACCUCCAUCUUCGGGGGCAUCAUCAUCCUCACAGGUCUCUGCCUCUCGCGCGAAACUUACGCUCCGGUCCUCCUCCAGCGCAAGAAACAAACCCUUCAAGCCACCCCAGCGUACAAAGACCUCACCCUCCUCACCCAGUUCGAAAAGGACAUCCCCAUCCCCUCCACCUCCUCCCCCCAAACCAAAACCAGAUCCAUAAUAACCCUCUACCGCCGCACACUCCUCCGCUCUCUAUAUCUUCUCUUCACCCAACCCAUCGUGCAAGCCCUCUCCCUCUACUACGGCUACCUCUACGGGCUCGUCUACCUCGUACUCUCCACCUUCCCCACCCUGUGGAGAACCCAAUACCACCUCAGCACCAGCACCGGCUCCCUCCACUACAUCGCCCCCUGCAUUGGCUACCUACUAGGAGCGCAAACCUGCGCCUUCAUCUCCGACAAGAUCUACUCGCACCUCAAAUCCACCAACAACGGCAUCGGCAAGCCCGAGUUCCGCCUCCCGCUCAUGAUCCCCGCCAGUCUCCUCGUCCCCAUCGGCCUCUUCAUCUACGGCUGGUCCGCGCAGUACAAGACCCACUGGAUCGUCCCAGACAUCGGCAUCGCAUUGCCAUUAAUGGGCGCCACAGUAAUCUUCCAAUGUACAAACGCAUACCUCCUCGAGGCAUACAGCGUAUACGGAGCAAGUGCCAAUGGCGGCGUAUACAUCCUUCGAGGCUUAACGGGAUUCGGAUUCCCUAUGUUCAGUCCCAUCAUGUAUCAAGUUUUGGGAUACGGGUGGGGAAAUAGUCUGUUAGGGUUUGUAGCGGUGGCAGUCGGGUGUCCGAUUCCGUGGGUGUUGUGGUGGUUUGGUGAGAGGUUGAGAGGGAAGAGUAGCUUUGCUGAUAAGGAUUGA